CCGCAGUAAACGUUGCAACGUUCUAUUCUUUCCCUAUACCAUUAUUCGAAAGUAACGGGACCUUAUCACAUUUGCGAAUUAUACUGAUUACAGGAUGUACCAUGUUCAUAUUAUCAUAAUCUAAUACAUAUAUAUAUUUGGAAAACAUGUCUGAAGAUAAAAUAGUUUGCAAUGAUAUUCUAUUGGAGUUUCUGGAAGUAGCAUUCAAUCACAUCUUAUUCUUUAGAAAUUUAUAUCCCAAGGAAAUCUUUACGAAGAAGAAAAUAUAUAGUAUCACAGUAUACGUAUCUGAGCAUCCAGAACUUAAUGAAUACUUGAAAAAUGUUCUAAAUGCAAUAAGAGAAUUAAUAAAAGAAGAUGAAAACAGUGUAAAGGCAGUGUACCUUGUUUUUUAUAACAAAAAUAAGCAACCAAUCGAGAAGUUUGUUUUUGAUCUUGUUAAAUUGCAAGCAAAUAGCACAGAGAAAGAUCCAUAUUACUUGAAAACAGAAGAAGCUCUCAGAACAAUCUGUUUAAAGCUUUCUAUGUGUGAGGCAUAUUUAAAACCAUUACCAGAAGAUUCAACCUUUUCCAUUGAAAUAAAAACAUAUGAAACUGCACAUGUAGCUCUAAAUGAAAAUCCAUAUUGCGAAGAUUUCCCAUGGAUUAUUGACGAAGACGCUCUUGAAAUGACUGAGAAAACUUUACUUCCAUUGAAAACUAUUAAAACAGAUUGCUUAAAUUUACAGAUGUAUGUUUUGGAAAGUCAAAAUAGUAAAGUUGAAGAUCAAUAAAGUGUUAACGAAGUAUCAUUUCUAGAAA